AUAAUCUUGACGGGCCAGAAAAUCCUUGCUCCGCAAGGAGAGCCGAUUUGACUCGCCCUCAACGGCAAACUCGGACACGCGAAACAAACCGACGCCGAACGCUCCGGAUGGAUGAACUCGUCUACAACAAAUCCCUAUAUCCUCUCCACUCUGACCUCCUCCACUCUCCCCGUUUUCUCCUCAUCCCCAACGAAGUCCUGAAAUCUUCGUGUUCCCCAUCGGAUAAAUAGAGCGAGUUGGUUGUUCCCCUCCACGAUUUGGUGAAGACGAGCUCCAGAUCUGAAAGCGUACGCCUCAUCCUCCUUGAUCAAGAUAUGUCAGGAAACAAUGUGGUGUGGCAGCCCCAAGUUGUUGAUGAAAUGUUACGUUACUACAAAGAGAAGAUUCAGUCUGAGGGAAAACAAUUUGUUUUCAAAGAGACACAUCACGAGGAAUGUGCAAAACAAAUCAAUGCAAGGUUUACCACUGCCUUCACACAACGACAAGUUUAUCACAAGUUCCACAAGCUCAAAGGCCAGUGGAAGAUCGUACUGGAGGCGAAGAACUUAAGCGGUGCCAAUUUUGAUGAUGUCAACAAGAUAAUAUUAUAUGAUGAGACAGAAGUUGUUCAUAUGAAGAAUAAUAAAGACAAAAGGGCAAAAUAUAUCAAUGUGCCAAUUGCCAACUUUGAUGAGAUGGAGUUCAUAUUUCAGGAUAAGCAUGCUACUGGAGAGUUCAUGGUCCUUCAAACACCAUAUGACCGUGUUCAUGCUCGUGACAAGGAUUUUAUUGGUGAUACCGAGAAGAAUGCUAGUGAUGUUGAGGUUGAUCCUGCAACCCAUUAUGAUUCAGAUUGUCUUCCUGAUGACACCAACAAUGAAAGCUCAUCUUCAAAGCGUCCUCGAGGUGAAAAACGCAAUAAAGGUAAGAGGGUGAAGUGUGAUGAGAGUGUGGUUCAAGACAUGACGUGGUCACUGCGUGAUAUGUCAGAUACUAUGCGUUUCACACACGUGACCAACCCGAAUGAGAAUUUGUUCAAAAUAAUUGAUGACAUGGAAGAAUACCCUCUCUUCGUCCGACUUUCACUACAGACAUCUUUGGCCACGAAUGAACAAGUGGCUUCCAUUUUGAAGGGGAGGCCAAUGGCUGCUAUUCAAGAGUUUGUGCGGCGCUGGGUCGGUGAUAACUAUCCUGACCACAUUCAUGUUCCUCCUGACAUGUGAUUCAUGAAAAAUAAAUUCGUAUCUUAGGGAAAUAAAGUCGAUGCCUCAUGCUGGCAUGUGAUGAUGUCACAGAAUUUUUCAUUCAUGAAAAAUAAGCUUGUUACCCGGAUUAAUUCUUUAUCAAUGAGUGUUUUUGCAAAGUGUGUU